GCGGAUAGAAAUAGAAAUGGUGACACGACGUCGUUGAACUUGUCCCCUCCACUUGGCGAAGAAGCACCUCCCAACCCAACCAACUGAAUCACCGCCAGAAACCUUCCGUUUCAAACCAAACUUCAAUUAUUUUAUUAUUUCAACAAAAUUGCUUUGCUUAACGCCAUCGAUCGCGCUCUCCGCUUACAAUGUACAUGAGGAGAAAGAAGAGGAAGUAUUAGGAUUGAGAUUCGGCGAUUUUUUUAUGUAUGUGAGCGGUGGCGAUGACGAAGAGGGCACAGGCAUCGAUUAAGCUGGGGCUGUCGAUGCGCCACGUGUUGUGUCUCGGAUGGAAGCUGGUGAUCCUACUUUCCGUCGCUCUUUGCGUCUUCGCGUUUCUCAGAAUCCAGCAGUAUUCUCAGUCCACGGCUGCUCUGCCCCGGAAAUCUCGCUUUCUCGCCUAUGACUUCAACGGCAAUCCUAAGGUCGCGUUUUUGUUUCUCGUUCGGAGAAAUUUACCCCUUGAUUUCCUUUGGGAGAGCUUUUUCGAGAAUGUUGAUAGGGCAAAAUUUUCAAUAUAUAUACAUUCUGAGCCGGGUUUUGUGUUUGAUGAAUCGACUACAAGAUCGACAGUCUUUUUCGACCGGCAACUGAGAAACAGCAUUAAGGUAGCCUGGGGAGAAGCAAGCAUGAUUCAAGCUGAGAGAAUACUUUUGGAGGAAGCCCUUCAGGAUCCUGCAAAUCAAAGAUUUGUACUUCUAUCAGACAGUUGUGUCCCUUUGUACAACUUCAGCUAUAUUUACAGCUAUCUGAUGGGUUCUCCGAGAAGUUUUGUGGACAGCUUUCUUGACAAAAAAGAUGAUCGCUACAAUCCACAGAUGUCACCAGCUAUAUCUAAGCAGAAAUGGCGGAAAGGAUCGCAGUGGGUCACCUUGAUUAGAAGACAUGCAGAAGAAGUUGUUGAUGAUGAAAUUGUUUUUCCCAUCUUCAAGAAGUUCUGUAAGAGACGUCCACCAGUUGAUGCAAGUAAGGGCAGGAAGAAUCUUAAACUUCAGAAACAGCACAACUGUAUACCAGAUGAACACUACGUCCAGACAUUACUCUCAAUGAAAGAUCUUGAAACUGAACUAGAAAGAAGAACAGUUACCUACACUGUAUGGAACCAAUCCACAACAAACAUGGAUAAUGGUGGUUGGCAUCCUUUCACAUUUAGCUAUGCAGAUGCAGGAUCAGAACAAAUAAAAAGAAUAACGGAUAUCAACCACGUAUACUAUGAAACGGAAUACAGGACAGAGUGGUGCAGUAACAAUUCCACAUCCGCUCCCUGUUUUUUAUUUGCAAGGAAAUUUUCUCAAGGAGCCGCAAUGCGCCUUUUUAGUCAAGGAGUAGUUGGUAACUUUGAUGUGUCCACAUUACUGGAGGCACCACCCUGAAUUUUGGCUAGGAUGUGUGAUAACAAACUUUUGCAUAAAUUCACAUAUAGUUUAUGCCCUCCCUCCAGGAUGAUAUGCGCCUGCCAUGUUAAAAUGUCUCAGGAAAGUUUUGCUUACAUUCAGGUGGAGGCACAGAUACAUAUAUGUAAAAUCUAUAGCGAGAGAGACAGAGAGAUAGCCUUUUUUACUUACAGCAUUGAAAAUAGUGGUUAGAAUAGGCUUUUUUUAUAGAUUGAUACCACCUUGUGUGGUGAUCGGUGAGCACUAUUCUGUGUGUAUAAGAAACAAGAAAUGAUAUGGGGCAGAUCAAUGUAUAAGAUGUUACUAGGCAGAUCAACAAAUAAUAUUCAAUAUAUUAUAUAUCUAUUGUUUGUUUA